AAGGUUCUGCGCAGCGCUUUCGGCUACGCUUUAGAUGCCGUUGCGAUAAAUGUAAUUUUAUGAAAUGUAAAGCUUUCGGUACACUUCAGCUCGGACUAAAGGCCGACAUUAAUGUUAAACUGUUAAAAAAUAUUUGAGGUCUAUCAAUAUUUUAUCUUAAGCUUAGUUAUGCUGCAGUCAAAGCGGUAAUGUGUGUCUGUUGUAACUGUUAGCGUAACUACCAAUUCUUGACGGUUGUGCGCAGGUGCGAGAUUCCAAGCGUUUUCAGGGCGGUGAAUUAUCUUGAGCUAGUCCGUGUCUUCGGUAGCUUCCAGCCAGUCCGCUCAUAUUCACACUAGUACUACUGUGCAGCUUCACAAACACAGAACAAAAUGCUCAGCUGGCCCGAAGGCAGCCAAGAACCGUAACUUCGUGACACCCUUAGACCCUCUUCCUAGUAUGCUGUUCUUUACUUUGUGAACGUGUAGGUACCACCACAGCCAAACAAUGAGAGACAUCCUUAAGAGAAAGUUUGCAGAAGUAGAAGAAAAUCCCUGCUACUCCUCCUCCUCUUCUUCUCCAUCCCUCUGCUCCCCUGCCUCCUCAGAGUGGGAAUCCGACAGGGAGGGGAGCUCAUCGGAGAGCCAGGAUUUCACACCUCACAGUCCUGCUUCAGUUUCCAGCUCACCCAUUUGGCCCAUCCUGAAGAAGCAGAAGCUCUCAAAAAGACCAAGCAGCGUGCGCUUCGACCAGGUGACAGUGUUCAUCUUUCCCCGUUGCCAGGGCUUCACAAGCGUGCCCAGCCGAGGAGGGGCCACCCUUGGUAUGCUGCGGAGACACAGCGCCCUCCGAAGGUACACCUUGGACGAGCAUGCACUAGACCAGAGUAGCAGGCGCAGAGAGAGGCACAGAGAAAAACUGAGACGAGAGAGGUUUGAGGCACUAAAACACAAGCUGAUCUUAAGUGGAGCUGUUGACCAAAACGAAGCGGACAAGCUGACGAUAGAUCAAGUUCUGGAUGAAGACCGUGACAUCCAUGUUAGUGACUCUGAUUUGGGGGAUGGAGGCUUCCUUCUGCCAUUCACUUCCAAACAGCGACAGGCUCUCCUCCUAGGAGCAGGGGUGAAAAUCAUCGACAAGGAGGAGAAGAGGCAGCUUCACGCUCUGCGGCUCUCCAGAGAGGCCUGUGGUUGUGACUGUCAGGGCUUCUGUGAGCCGGAAACCUGCGCCUGCAGUCAAGCAGGAAUCAAGUGCCAGGUAGACCGCCUCAACUUCCCCUGUGGAUGCACCAAAGAGAGCUGUGGAAACGUGCGGGGGCGCAUCGAGUUCGACACCAGGCGUGUUCAGACUCAUUACAUCCACACAGUCAUGAAACUUGAGCUGCAGAGGCGACUUAAGUGUGAAACACUCACCUCUGGGGACAAGGCAGGACUCUCCGAGGACCUUCAAGACUUUGAAGAACACGACGAGGUCCGUGCGGAGCAGAGCGUGCAAGACAACAGGUGUCCGUUCAGAUCCGGCUUAGAGGAGGAUCACCUUCCUUUCACCAUGCCUGCUGCUCCUGCUUUCCACUGCAGCCCGGAGCGGUUGGUCGUUGAAGAGAACAGCUGCAGCAGCGACAUGUCCGAGUCCUCUUUCUCUUCGGCUGAAUGUGAGGCAGGAGGUUUGUUCAGAGAUUUGACCUCCAGCAAUAAGAACCUCUACUCGUGCAGCCAGAUCAGACAUAUGAUUGAACCACUGACCCAGCACAGCUGCACCUCAGAAACUACUGACAAUAAGAGACCACAUUCGCCCAUCACGCUCACAGACAACAUGGACCCCAGCAGGAAGUAUCUUGAUGAGAAUGCAAAUCAAUCCAGAGACUUUUUCAACGAAGACUCUUUUGAGGACUUCCCUAACACCCCUUCUCCCACUGUGGACAAUUCCUUCAGCAGAUACAUGGACCUGAGUCUCUCCUCUGAGUCCGACCUAGAGUUCUUCCACAGGGACUACCCCUCUGGACCACUGCACAGCUCCUUCAAAGAGCACAGACACUCAGACGUUUUUCAGCACUUCCAGCUGUUCAGCUCUGUGAAUUUACCACAACAGGAGUCAAGCACCCAGCUCCUGGAGUCUCUGAUCGGCCUGACUGAGCCAAGCUCAGAGCAGAUGUAUUCUGUCACAGAUACUCUGUGAUUUAAUAAAACGCCCAGGGAAGUGUUUUUUUUAAUAUGUAUAAUAAUUUCAAAGUACAAAGACCUAUUUUUCCUAAUGGAAUAUUUUUUAUGCCUGAAUAUUAUUUGUCAUUUUCAAGAGAAACCACACUUGUAUAAUUAAUGUUUUGUUUAUUAAUUCCUUAACCUACUCAAGAAUUGUAGGAAGUAUUUUAUUUUUACCAUGACCAACAAUAUCAUACCCUAGCACAAAGUAUACAUAUGUACUGUGGUACAGGGAGAGCAUGGUGCUGUAGCCUAUUAAUAAAAACAGACAUAGAUGUGUGUAAGCCGUACCCUGCAGGAUUCCAGCUCCCACUUUACAUUUGGCUUACAGUGGAUUAUUUUCCAGAACAUACUCUGAGUACCUGUUUACUGGGCCAAUAAAUGUAUUUAUUUAUUUAAUCGUUGUUUUUCAUGUUCUGAGUGGUAACUCAUAAAAAGGAAACAUAAAUAUUAACUGGUAAAACUGAAUGUAGUUUACAUGUUAUUGACUGAGUAAUAACUGCUAUUGUAACAGCAGCGCUUCAAGUCCCGAGUCAGUAGUUUCCCUUUAACCAGAGUAUGAAAGCAGUGGUGUGUCCAACAUUACGUGGUCCUACGGAGUCCAUAUUUAAAGCUUUAUUUUUAUGCAGCAGACAUUUUUAUUCCACUUUACAGAAAACACAGCUUUAUGGAUAGUAGGCAGGGACUGGUUACAGGUUAGCCCUUUCAGUGAGAUGCCAGUGAAAGACUUUUAGUGACCUACAGUAGAUCAAUGCUAUCUCAUGCCUCAACUGCUGCGGUGCACUGCCCGUCAGCUGGCUGAAAAAAUGUUCCCCUACUUUUUCAAUACUAACUUAAUUUUUUUCAGUUAUUCUGUUUUAAAUGAAAGCAACUGCAUCACUGUACACAUUUCACGUUUAAAAUUUUGUGUAAAUACCAUGCCUCUUAGGGAUUUUUGCUCGAGGUCAUCAUACUGUGAGAAUCUCAUGCUGGCCCAAGCCUAAUUGUUGCUUUAGUCUGUGUAAAACAUUCUAGUCAGUCUGUUUGAGCAAUACCAAGAACAAAUGCAGCUGGUAUAUUUUUUUGCAAUAUGUCAAAAGGUUGGUUGCUAUAAGUGCUGUAAUUUCUCCCAAUUCAAUGUUCUGCCACAACCAAAUUGCUGUUAGAUGCUCAUCUUCAUUUUACCAUUGAUUGCCAUGUUUACAGCAGUGUCUAAUAAAUCAGUUUCAGCUGUAUAUCAAUAGCUUUGCAACUAUUCAAUGGAUAGUAAUGGAUUUUCUGUAUGUUGCAUAAUGUUUAGAAAUGUUUAAAUAAUAUAUUUGAAAGAAAGUUGCCAAAUAUAAACAUUGUACUUUUGUUAACUUAACAAUGAUUCAUAUAAACAAAUGUGUUUUCUUUUUUA